UGACAAUGGACUGGAGAAACAUAUAACAGGCGAUUCAAUAACAAUCGUGGCGGGUUCAUCACAUAGGGUGCUCGUCAUAGUAGACAGGAAGCAAAGCGUAAUAACGUGGGAAUUCACUGCAAGAGGUUAUGAUAUACUGUUUGGAAUAAUGAAAAAUGACGAUCUUUCAGAUGAUCCACCUGAGUUUGCCAGUCCGUUGCUAACGUACUCUUCGGAUAGGGUACAUAGCGGUUCAUUGACAGUAAACGAGCCAGGGAGGUAUAUUCUAUGUUGGGAUAACUCACGUUCGUGGUUACGUGAAAAAACGAUAAGUUAUAAAGUGAACGUGAGAAAACUAGAGAGAAGUGUUGAGGAGAUAAGCUCCUUUUCAAAAAAAGUGUACGAUACCCUCUGUCAGAAAGAGGAGCAGUUAAUGAGAGUAACGGAUAGUAUCGAAGCACAGGUUAGUGAAAAGGAGGCAUUGAAGAAGCGUCUAACUCUUCUUCUCCAGCAAAUGAAAGUGGAGAAGGAGGAGAUUAACUCUCAGGAAGAACUCAUUAUGAAGAAGAAAGAAGAGAUGGAAGCAAUCAAGUCGCAAAGAGAAGUGUUGCAGCAACAUGCAAGCUAUCUGAAACUUGUCGCUGCUCCCUUCUUGGUAGAGGGUGAGCGUAUUUUCUCGAUGUUGUGUGGUGUAGAUCUACUACGAAUGUACUUCCUAUUCUCUGUAUUCAUUUUAGGGCGUGUGUAA